AUGGACCGCUUCUGCCCGGCCCAACAACACAUAGGUGUGUGCCGACUGGUGACCCCCGAAGAUCAGCCUCCACCUCUUCGGCCUAGCAGCCCCAUACGCGCUUGCACCCACCUCAGACGUGUUGAUGGGUGGACCCCUCCUACUGCAUGUGGGCCGCCGGUCCGCACCAAACGCAUCGCCGCCGGUGUACGCAGUGACGCCGCCGCCCUUGCUCCGUCGUCAAGGUUCCGCGUCGUCCCAACCAUCGCGUCUGCAUCUUCAUUUUCGUAUCACUUCGAGGUCAAGGUCUUCGGUUCCAAGAUCAUCUGGGAUUCUAGGACUUCGGUUGCAACCUCCACUCAAGCUAAGAUGGACAAGUCUGGCAAAGUGAUUGCUAAGUGGGAUAGUAGAGCAACAAAAAUUUACACAGAAAUAUGUGUAGAAGAGGUCAAUGCAUGGAACAGGCCACAACAUUUCCUAAACGCCGAAGGUGCGCCAGAUGAGUGGUGGGCCAAGCAAAAUGAAGCAAUGCCAGGUUGUAUUAUGUUCAAAACAGCCCCCCUAGAGAAUGAGGACGAGCUAAAGGUUAUGUUUGGACCCAUUGUCUGCACAAAUGAAAGAACCCUUGUUCCUGGCGUCGAGGAUGCUAAUUCAUCAUCUGAUGAUCAUUUCGAAGCCACUUUAGGUGGGGGUGAAAACAGCACACCUGAUCCAUGUUCAAAUGCGACUGGGAAGCGUAAGGUGUGUCAUGAUUCUCUUAAACCAAAGAGGAAAAAAGAUUCGAGGGAAGAGUACAUGAAACGCCUUGUGGAGGCUUUUGAGUCGCGUUCAAGGACCACUAACAAGUCCAUCACCUCUAAUGAGACCGACCCUGUGCGUGUUGAGGUGAGUGCGCAGUUGCAACAAGUGAUCGAUGAUGGUUCUCCAGAAGGCAGCGACCUCCAUUUGUUUGCCACUCAUCUGUUCACUUCAAAAAAGUAUAGAGACAUAUUUUCUGCACUGAAGACAUCAGAAGGAAGGAACGCUUGGCUGCGCCAUGCAUUCGAGAUAGAUGUUAAAAAGUCCACCUAGAUGCUGCUGGUCCGACAACAGAGGCUUAUGUUCAGUAUUAUGUUAGUUGUGUCUGCUUCAUGAGUCAUGUCGUGUCAG